GUAGCUGUUUUGACCAGGAUCGUAGAUAUGCAAAACAAAAACAUCAGAAGAGGAUAGAUGGCGAUUACGUUUGUGUGGACGAAAACAGCAUUUGAAAAUUACAAGGAGACGAUGUUUGCUUAUGGUAGGCAGUAAUAAUUUCGGCAGAGCACUGAAACAAGGUUCCACCUAGGCUGUUUUGAGCCUACCUGGAAAUCCACAACGCAUAGCCAUUUGGCUAAUUCUUCAGUCUUGGAUAAAGAGACACAAAAAACAUGGACGAAUCCAAAAGUCCUCUUAAGUCAGUAAAGUCUUCUCACAGUGAGGUCAGAGGAGGCUCCGUUCCAACCUCAAAGCCCCAAAAAGAUGCUUCUCCAAUGAAGGAGAGCAUCAAGACCUCUACCCGAAGUAAGGAGAACAUCUCUAGGGCAAAAGAGGAGCACCAGGGCAGUCACGGCAGUGGCAGGACCCUGCCGACAGCUAAUCCCCUGGACCAGGGCAGAGGUAAAGGCAGAGGUAGGCUGACUGGCAGAGCCAGAUCUGGAGAGAGAAGCAAAGGGAAGGGGAACUCUCAGACUCACCAGGUGGUGGAGACAAACCAGACUGCCCAGGGGUCUUCCAGAGACAAUGGAGCAGUGGCGGUUCCCAGAAUACCAGAGGACAGCUCAACGCAGACCAAGCCUUCCAAGACAGCUACAGUAAAGGAGAAGUUAGCUGGAGGUUGUGAUCCAAGCGCAGACGCAGUGCGUUGUGGGAUAGAGCCUGUAGAUGAGGGUGGUAUCACUGUUGAUGACGGGGAUCUGACCUCUGAACAGCAGCUGGGGUUAAAACAGGCAGAGGAGAGGCUGCGAAGAGACUACAUUCACAGACUGGUUAAGCAGUCUCCAGAAUAUCCAAACUUCCAGUAUCUAUGCAAACUGUGCUCGGUGCAUGUGGAGAACAUCCAGGGAGCCCACAAACACAUCAAAGAGAAGCGUCACAAGAAAAACAUCAUGGAGAAGCAGGAGGAGAAUGAGCUGAGGGCCCUGCCUGCUCCGUCAGCAGCCCAGCUCAGGGCUGUGGAUGCGGCCGUCCUGAACGCGGCCCAGCAGCACGGCAUUUCAGACAAGGACUUUGAGCAGCGACAGGCAGUGGUGCUCCGUAUGGAGAAGAUAAUCAAAAAACAUCUGCCAGACUGCUCUCUCCGUCUGUAUGGCUCAUGUCUUACCCGUUUUGCCUUUAAGACGAGUGAUAUAAACAUUGAUGUCACCUACCCCUCCAGUAUGACUCAACCAGAUGUCCUGAUACAAGUAUUGGAAAUCUUGAAAAACAGCGAAGACUUCUCAGAGGUCGAGUCAGACUUCCAUGCCAAAGUCCCAGUGGUGUUUUGCAGAGACAGUGCCAGUGGACUGAUGUGUAAAGUGAGUGCUGGGAAUGAAAUGGCAUGCCUUACCACCAAUCACCUUGCAGCACUGGCCAGAUUGGAGCCCCGAUUGGUUCCCCUGGUGCUUGCUUUCCGCUACUGGGCCAGACUGUGCCACAUUGACUGCCAGGCAGAGGGGGGCAUCCCCUCUUAUUCCUUCUCUUUGAUGGUGAUCUUCUUCCUGCAGCAGAGGAAAGAGUCUAUCCUCCCAGUUUAUCUGGGCCACUGGGUUGAAGGCUUUGACGUGAAGCAGGUGGAUGAGUACCACCUGACUGGGUUGGUGUCAGAUGUUUUUGUGGGCUGGGAGCACAGACUGCCCAGUGCAUCCGAAGGACGAGGAGGAGAGAACAAAGCCAAGCCUGAGCCCAAGAUGCCAGUGGGGAACAGGAUUAAAAAUACACAGGGCAGGGCACGACUGACCUUUGAGCACAGGAGGGAGGCCUCCUUGGGACAGCUGUGGUUAGAGCUUCUGCGAUUCUACACGCUGGAAUUUGCUCUGGAAGAGCAUAUCAUAAGUAUUCGCCUUCGAGAGCUUCUCCCCCGAGAAGUUAAAAACUGGCCACGCCGCAGACUGGCCAUUGAAGACCCUUUUGCCCUGAAGAGGAACGUAGCCCGCAGCCUCAACAGCCAGAUGGUCUUUGAGUACAUCCAGGAGCGUUUCCGCACUGCCUACAAAUACUUUGCCUGUCCACAGAGCAGGAAGGCAGCAGGUUCCUGCCUUAACAAACCCUGCAAGAGAACCCAAUGUGAGCCCAAACCCAACAGAAGGGAGAAGGGGACAAUCCAAGAGGGGGGACAGAAGAAUGAGGGAGGGCGAAGUGCGGAGGACAAGAACAAGGGCGUGGCUGAAGGCACGGAGGGCGGAAGUGGUGAGGAUGAGGAGGGCAUAGAUGUGGGCCUGGGGGAUGAAGAGGAGCUGAGCUCUGGAUUCAUGAGUCUAAUGAUUGGCGAGAGAGGGGUAGAUCCUGUUCAUGAUGUGGGGCAGGAGGGAACCACCUCACAGGAGGCAUCAUCACCCGUCGCACCCGCUUCCCCUCAGAAUGGCCUGCUGGACAGUGAAGAUGAGGAGGAAGGUGACGAUGAUGAUGAAGAUGAUGAGGGACAGGAGCCCGAGGUACAAAGCGAUAUUGCACCAGAGGAUCUGCACUAUAUCUUCGACAGGAUGAUUUUCACAGGUGGAAAGCCUCCUACUGUAGUCUGCAGUAUAUGCAAAAGGGACGGUCACCUGAAAGACGAGUGCCCUGAAGAUUUUAAGAAGAUUGAGUUGAAGCCACUGCCACCGAUGACGGAACGCUUUCGGGACAUCCUUGACAACCUAUGUAAACUCUGCUACCACGAGCUGUCUCCAUCACUCAUGGAGCAGCAGAAGCGGGAGCAGAUCUUGGCUGGGCUGGAAAGGUUCAUUCGAAAGGAGUAUAACGAGAAAGCACAACUCUGCCUGUUUGGCUCCUCCAAGAAUGGCUUUGGUUUCCGUGACAGUGAUCUGGACAUCUGCAUGACACUGGAAGGCCAUGACACAGCAGAGAAACUGAACUGUAAGGAGAUCAUUGAAGGGUUGGCUAAGGUACUGAAGAAACACACGGGCCUGAGGAACAUUUUGCCUAUAACGACUGCUAAAGUGCCUAUUGUCAAGUUUGAACACAAACAGAGUGGACUAGAAGGAGAUAUUAGCCUCUACAACACCCUGGCUCAACACAAUACCAGGAUGCUGGCCACCUAUGCUGCUAUAGACCCCCGAGUUCAGUAUCUCGGAUAUACCAUGAAAGUGUUUGCUAAGCGUUGUGACAUCGGCGAUGCAUCCAGAGGGAGCUUGUCCUCCUACGCCUACAUUCUCAUGGUGCUGUACUUUCUACAACAGAGACAGCCUCCUGUUAUCCCUGUCCUCCAGGAGAUAUUUGAUGGAAAGACAGUUCCACAGAGGAUGGUGGAUGGCUGGAAUGCAUUUUUCUUUGAUGACCUUGACGAGUUGCGACGCCGAUCUCCUGAGCUCUGUCAGAACCACGAGACAGUUGGGGAGUUGUGGCUUGGCUUGCUUCGCUUCUAUACUGAGGAGUUUGACUUUAAGGAGCAUGUGAUCAGCAUCCGGCAGCGCAAACGCCUCACCACCUUCGAGAAACAGUGGACCUCCAAGUGUAUCGCCAUCGAAGAUCCGUUCGACUUAAACCACAACCUUGGUGCAGGAGUUUCACGAAAAAUGACUAAUUUCAUAAUGAAGGCCUUCAUUAAUGGAAGGAAGCUCUUUGGGACACCUUUCUACCCUCAGCCAGGAUUGGAGGCGGAGUACUUCUUUGACUCUAAGGUGCUGACUGAUGGUGAAUUGGCCCCCAACGACCGGUGCUGCCGUAUCUGUGGGAAGAUUGGCCACUAUAUGAAGGACUGUCCAAAGAGACGCAGGAUGAAGAAGAAGGAAAAUGAAAAGGAUGAGGAAGUGAAGGAAGAGGAGAGGGAGCCGAGAGAGAGGCGCUGUUUCCAAUGUGGGGAUGCUGGCCACGUGCGCCGCGACUGUCCCGAAUACCGCCACCUCCGUCAGAGAGCCUCUGCCUGCCCAGUUCCUCAUAUGGUUCGGGCCAUGGUGAGCUCCCAAUCCAUCCCCAUCCCUCAGAGUGGUGUGGCCCAGGAGCACUCAGGGCGAACCAGGCAGCCUUCUGAAUGUUCUGAUACUCGUCAGACACCUCCUUUCUCUCCCCAGCCAGUGGCCUUCAGUCAGGGCUCCUCACAGUCAUCCGUCUCCCCAUCUCAGUCCUCCUCAUCUCAGGGCAAAGCCCCCACCGGACCCUCCAAACAGCCCCAGGUCCAGCUGCCUCUUUUCGGCUUCCCCCACACCCAGUUCCCCCACGCUCACCACCACCCCCACACCCACCCUGGCCUCUCUGCCCUUGGUAUCCUGUCCUCCCAAGCCCAGGGCGUCCAGCUGGCACCCACCUCCUGGCCAAUCCACGGCCCGGUGCUCCAAGCUCCCAGUGCCAGUGUCACUUCCUCUGCCCAGCACCCUUCCCCGCCAGGCAUUAAGUUCCCACUGCAUUCAGCCAGUGGCAACGGAGGAGGAGGAGGCGUUUCUUCCUCCCCUUCCUCCUCGGUCAGCCAGUCCUCACCCAUGAACCUGAAUGACCCCAGCAUCAUUUUCGCUCAGCCUGCAGCAGCAGGGCGGGCGCCAGGCAGAGACGGCCAUCACUGGCACCACAACCAUCAGCACAACCCUGGGGCACUGGUGGGCAAUGGUGCAGUAGGGAAGUCAGAGCCGGGUUUUCAUGGCCAGUUUGGCAGUGUAAGUCAAGGAUCUCGUUCCUGGGAUCACAGCAACAACGCUCACUACACCCUGUCACCCUCAUGGUCCUAUCGCAUGCCCCAGAACUACCUGCAACAGGGCAACGGGGGCUUCCAGCACAACAAGCCUUACAUCUCCCAGGGUUCAGUUAUGACCAAUCAACAUUUUCCUCUCCUUCAACCUGGACGGCACCACAAUCUCAAUUUUAUCCAGCAGAAAAAAUGAAGUCUGAAGGUGUUUUUUUUUUUGGAAAUUACAGCCUAAGGUCCUUAAUGAAACAAACAAAAAAAAGUAACUUUGCCUCUGUUCAUGAGACUUUUUAAAAUGAAUUUUAUCAUUUUGUACAGUUUUUACGUUUUCUGCGUCAUCACAUGAUUUGUGAUACAAAUGUCAAAUAUUUUAAUACCCCCAUUUUUACGGGGUUCAAAAGUGUUUUUAUUUUAUGUGUAAAGUAAGGAUUUAAAAUUUAUUCUCUUUAUUUUUAUUAGCUGUAUUCAUAUUUUGCGUGCAUCAGGACAAAAAGGCUUUUAAUAGAAAACUUCUUUUAAAAACAGGCUUACCACCCCACACAACAAUUAUGUAGUGCCAAAAAUUUCCUUUAGUUAA